AUGCUCUAUCCCUUCUCUCUCUACUUCGCCUUGGCUGGCACAGCCUUCACGGGUGCCGUCUCUGGCACUACCACCUCGGACGCACCACGCCGUAGCCAGGCUCCAAGUGACGGGCUUACAACUCCUCAGUACGGAGAUGGAAGCUGCGACACCCAGGGCAUGAUCAACAUUGAAACCUACAUCACCCUUUUUGCCAACAACGAAACACACGAAGGUGGUUGGCUCGGCGACGACAUUGUCGAAAAGCAAAUAAAGGCCCUCAAUGAGGGGUUUUCCAGCUGCCGCAUCGGUUUCACGCUCAAGGGACUGCAGAGGAGCAUUGACGCGAUGCCCCUCGGGUUCGACCCCGACGAAAAGCUCGCCUUUGGAUUCUACGGCAAAUACAGAAAAGGCAGCUACAAGUCGCUCAAUCUAUACUACUCUCCAAACCAGACAGGCGGCGUCUGCACCCAUCCCGGCAUGAGAGGCGCACUCCAUAUAGGCACAGCGUUCAACGUGGAUGGAUGCCAAAUGGGGACCAACACCAUGCCCGGCGGAACGCCCCCCUAUGAAAUGGGCAAGACGACGGUCCACGAGGUUGGCCACUGGCUCGGACUGUUGCACACCUUCCAAGGCGGGUGUAACGAGGUCAAGGGUGACUUUGUCAGCGACACGCCGGCCGUGAACGAGACCGUGGGCCGAGUAGAGGGUACCUGCCCCCGUGGCCAAAACAGCUGUCCUGGUCUUCCGGGCCUGGAUCCUAUCCAUAAUUACAUGAGCUAUAGCUCGGACGAAUGUAGGACGGAGUUUACGCAGGCGCAGUGCGAGCGCAUGAGGAGUAUCUGGCGGUAUAUCCGAAUUGACCCGGAACACAGUUGA